AUGGUGGGCCUUCUAACCCCCCGAGAUGGAACACGCCCAGCUACGAUACCUCCCGUCGUGUGGAUAGCCGUCGGUGUAGCCGGUGGGAUCAUUUUGGUUGCCCUGAUCUGCAUGAUCUUUCUCCUUGUUCGUGCUACUCGUGCCCACAAGCGGCUGCUGGCAGACUUGGAGCAACGGGGCAUCAGGCUUGGUCAGCAGCAUGUCCAGAUCGAGGGCAAUGGCGUCACCAAACCGCGUCAGGUGCUACGAAGAAACGCCUUUCUGCCUUACAACAACACCACUGGAUGGGGAGUUCUACCAUCUAAAGAAUCCUUUGGACAGUCUUCCCUCAGCAAAGCCCCACGGACGAACCAGACCCCGGCAAUCAUUGAGCCCGUGUCGGAAAAUAAUCACAGUAGCCACAAAAAGGUGUGGCCAUUCCACAAGCGUCGACAUGGGCCCAAUCACAUCAAGAUGGAGCGCAUCAAGGCCUCGAGGUUGUCCGCAAUCAUUGAGAGUCCCAAGCCAAUGCUCGAUAUUUCCCCACCGAAGAUGCAAGAGCAGGGAAAAAGGACGUCUGACGGGCCGCCCAAGCUUACACUCGGUCCCAUGCCCGACUCUCCCAUCGAGAGACUGUGUUCCGCGUCAUUCGGGUCAAGCAAGCCAAACUCUGCCCCGGACCUGACUAGCGCGUUACGGCCGGCGCCGCUCUUUAGCAGCAGUCCAGUACCUACGUCUUCCGGCAGUGCAAUUCGGUCUCCCAAGCGGAGAGGUAGAUCGAAUUCAGUGCCCUCGAUCUACAGCACGCAUGAAGCUACCAGAGAAAUCCAUCCAAGCAAUGGGUCACAGAAGCUGGGACGCAACUUCAGCUUGAUAUACAGACAGUCGGGCUUGGCUCCCGAGAAUCCAGUUCCUCCGCUUCCAUUGAGGUUUGGGCAUGCAAGGUCUGUCAGCAACAUGGACUACAGUCCAUCCAGACGGUCGGCAUCGAGCUUUGAGUCUGCUACUAGCUCCAUCCUUGUGACUGCCAGUCCAGACACUCAGCGAAGUCCACAUGCCAGGAUGAGACAAAGCCCGGGCCAUGAACUGCACAAGUCCCUGGUAUUGAAAGGACCACGGCCAUUACCUCAGCUGCGAGCACGCAGCAGCACUGGAAGUUCGAGCCCACGACACUUCCGCGAUGAAUCAAUCCGGAGCAACGUCGCGCAAUUUGCCGUAGACAUCGCAUCAAGCGGCCAUCAUUCAUGUAACGGCAGUCCCGAACCAAAGGCGGACGGGAGGCUUAAGAUAGAUAGUAACAGUAUGGGCCGUCUAUCUCAGCGCAGUCGAUCGAACAACAGCUUAAUGGGCGGUGCACCUAGUACUCCACGUCGCAAUUCGCGGACGUUGGUUUCCUCAGAGGGGUCACCCAUAGAGCAUUGCCGCUUCGCCACCCACCAAGAUCUGGGAGCACAUGAAGGAACUUUGGCACAGCAGCUUUCACGAACUUCCACAAACGCCUCGUCAUCUUGUAGCAGCAACGGGAACCCGUUCCGAUGGGAUCCAGCACCCAUGCAAUCAGGGAGGUCGAGAACGAGUCCGGAAAAGAAGAGAUCCCACCGCCGCCAGAACUGCAUCCGUCUGUCACUCACCACUGGGCAAGUUGUUCCGCCUGUGAAGCCUGAGGACCCUUCAGUCAUGCAUGGGAUCGAAGAGGAGCCUGGAUCGAUGCACAAAGCAAAAGCUUCCAAGGAUGGUGAAAUGAUCAGCUUGGAUACGAGGCCAUUGCCACGACCGCCAAGUAUCAGCGUCUUCUCACCGGAAAUCCGUCUCUCGCCAACAACAAUUCGGGCAUCGCUAACGCAAAGGUCUCCCACGCUGUCUUUGACCAAGUUCAAUCAAGAAAACUCCGACGGUUCUCCACGCUGGCGUGGCUCGGGAAUUAGCGGCAGCUCUGCUUUCAGCAUCCAAACGUUCCCCAGUCCUGCCAUCACUGACUGCUCGCAACCCACUUUGGCAGAUUCUGAGAAUGAUGUGAUUUCUGGCGCUGGUGCCACGGACGAGUACAAAGGACCCAGAAAGCGGGACUACAAGUCAAACUCCCCUCUUCUCAACCAUCCCGUCCUAAAUAUGCCUUCAGCACAGGUUGAAAACGAGUGCAGACCCGUCACUCCACCCAGCCAAGAGCGCAAAGCUUCUCAAAUGGACUCACCUCCUUGCUCCCCGAAGACGCUUAUGCUGAACUCCCUCGAGACCACCCCGGUAGACCUUUGCAAGAAGCCAAAGCUGAAGACGUCCACACCACCUGUACCCGAGCUACCCAUGCGCAAUCCUCGCCGCAGCAAAGAGAUAUCGUCUCCCACGCGCGCCGGACUGACGGGCCCACGCACCGAGCCCGGGCGCGACCUGCGCAAGACGGUCGCAGCGCUCCGUCGCAUGAACUCGGACGCGGACGACGACUCACGUACCAGCCGUCGAUACAGGCAACUCGGGCGCGAGGCGACGAGCGACAACCUGACGGGCGAGUUGGAGACCAACAACAACAAGGCGGGAAGCGGUGGAGGCAGUAGCAGCAUCAUCAGUAGCAGUGAUAACAACAACGGGCGGAGGAAGUACGCCAACACCAAGGUCUUUUCUUCCCCUAGUAAGCACUUCGUCCCCGCGAGCACCUACUCGCUCGUUCUCGCGCCCUCGCCCCACCCCAGCGUCGCACCGUCCACCAUGACGACCAUGUCAUCCACCACGGCCGACUCGAUAGCGGCCGCCAGCUGCUCAGCCUUCUCAGCCACCACCGGCCGCACCAGCACGACGACAGCGGCGACGGCGACGACGACGACGACGACGACGACGACGGCUGCCACGCCCCCGACAUCCGCAGCCGCCAUCCAAAAACCACCCGCAUUCGGCCUCGGCCUGAACUUUGGCUGCGGCGGCGUUAGCGGCGGCGGCGGCGGCGGAGGCGGCGGACUCGGCUGCAGCAGCACGAGCAACAACAGCCUCGCCUUCUCGACGGGCAGCAACGGCGUCCACAGCUUCCUCGGCUACGGCGGCUACGGCGGCGUCGGCGGCGACGACAGCUGCACCAGCCUGACCGACCUCAUCCUCGCCGAGGACGAAAACAUCUUCGGCCGGCGCGAGCUCGAGAUGGCGAAUCAUCCGCUGGACGGCCUCGACCUUGCUCCUCCUCCUCCUGUUGCUGCUGCUGGUGCUGCUUCCUCCGUGCGUAGGGGUGGUAGUAGUAAGGUUUGGGAGGAUGGUGGUGGAGGAGGAAGAGGAGGAAAGGGGAGGGAGGGGGAGGAGGAGGAUGGUGAUGAUGAUGAGAAAGGUUUUUGGGAGAGCCCGAGCGCGAGACAGCAGAGGGAGAUGAUUGAGAGGAGGGAGAUGAGCAGUUGCAGCAGUUUGAGCGUGUAUGCUACGCCGUGUGGGGGAGAGGAGGAGGAGCAGCAGGUGGAGGGGAUGAUGACGACGUGCGGUGCUGGCGUGGAGGAUUAUGUGUCUGCUGCUAGUUGUGGUGGUGGUGGUGGGAGGGCGAGCAGCGAGUUCUUCGAUUCUGAUGCUGAGAAUAGGACGCCGACGGGGAAGAGCGGCGGUGGUGUUACCGUAGUAAAGGAGGAGAGUAAGAAGAGGAGGUGGACAGGAAGGGGCGGUGGUGGUAAUAGCGGAGCACGCGACAGGCAAAGAGAGGUGUUGGCGCCCAAGGUGUUGAUUUCGGUCCAGCCGCCCAGCGAGCAGAGUACGCCGCGGAGCUUGUAUGACUCGGAUGGGUUCUUGAGGUAA